CGACACGUUCAUCUCGCGGUUCACACACCUGUACUCGCGUGGUCGCGAUCGAAACGUUUCAAUACUUUACUCGGUCGUUGCCGGCGUACCGCUAAUGCACGCGUAGACUUUUCCAACCUGCACGUCCUCUGCCCGUUACUCAACACGGUUCGCUGUUUUCCGCGCGUUUCGCGGUCUUCACCCGAAUGCCGUCGUCGCGAACACGAAAUCGUGAACGUCGCGCACCCGUUACGCAUUACUAAUCCGGACAGUUUCGGUACUGCCCGCCCGGACCAGUGCAGUGCCUGCGCCCACGGUGCUCGGGCAUGGACUACAGGAGUUCGACGAUUGGCAAAGCUCCGCGCACGUUCUAGUACAUUAGUUCGAGCGAUGGGCAUCGAUGGGACUAAGGCGUUGAUAGUUUUCGUUCUCUACGCGUUAAGACUUCAACAGAAGGCAGCUCACGCGGACAUCAGAGUGGGUAACGCCAUCAACGUGUUCAACCGUUAUGGGUACUUUAGCAUAAGCAUGAGAGUAGUCCCCAGGAACGACACGGACCAUUCGUGGAUAUUCAGAGAGCCCACAGUUGACGUGUUUACGAAUGUGGUCGAAAAACAAAGUCUCAAGAGAAGUAUCGGAGGAGGUCAAGUUUUUCAAGGGGACUUUCACAUGGAAUUCUGUGAUAACGUAAAACAGUUAUUGCAAGCCUAUUUUAGAGAUUUUUCCGUAGAAAGACUGGACAAGCCGUGGCAGGCCUUUACGGGCAGUUGGUCGAAAUUAACGUUGGCUAGAAAUUUAGGUUUAGACAUGUCUUAUGUAAGCGGUGAUCAUUGUUAUGUCCUCGUCAGGGUGGCUAGGCAUAGGGAGACUGCUAAUUUAGCAAUGGAUAUGGAGAGCACUGACCUUCACGAACCAGUGGCCAAACAGGUGGCCUCUGUUAAUGUCGGCGAUAGUUUGUCGGUCAUUGAAUUUGUCAGGAGUUUUGGAUCUCAUUAUGUGACGUCAUAUGUCACUGGCAAUUCUCUUUAUCAGGUGUAUGUAUAUGCUCCAAAGGCUUACAAGCUAAUUAAAGAACGUUUAAAAUCAAAAGGCGUGUCACAGAUCUCUAAUCAAGAGUUAACAGGAUACUUCUCACCGUGGUACGCAGAACACGUGGGUAAAAUACAAUCAGCUAGUGGAAAUAAAACUGUUGAAAAUUGGGUACAACAUAGACUAAGAGUAAAAUUUUAUUUCUUUACUUUUGUCUCCUUACUGAAAUUGCACGGAGAUACAAAAUUGUUAAGUGAACUGAAUGGAAUGUUAGGCAACGAAGCAUUAUUAAAACUUGACUUAAAAACAUUAGCGCCAGCUUUCAAGGACAUUAAAAAACGAGCUUGGUUCCAUGAAGUUAUGGAUAAUAAUUUAAAACUAUGGGAGGUUAAUAUGUAAUCAUAAUAUUUCCUACAAAACCUUAUAUACUAAAAUGUAUUUAUUAUAGUAGUUUUACUAAUUUGUUAGAAAGGUAAAUACCUCCGCCUUUUGCUCAAAUGCCAAAUACCAAUGUACCUUAAAUAAUAUUAUUUACCAUUUUAGUAUGUUAACUUGUUUUACAACAAGUUGUGUUAUAAAUAAUUAAUUAUACAUAUAUUUUUAUUUAAUAAAGUCUUUAUUUACAUAAGUUACAAACAAAAA